AUGCACAAGAAGUCCCAGCCCCGCCAAGUCAGAAGAGCCAAGAAAAAAGGCCGUCUAUGGCGUCCUUUGCCCAUUUGGUAUGGCAUUCUGAUUCCGCGGACAGUAAAAGAAGCACUUGCACUUGAUGAUGAUAAUGGGAACCACUUUUGGCAUGAAGCAAUGGAACAAGAGAUUGCUUCCCUGAUUGCAAUGAAUUGCUUUGAUUUUCACUCGAGUAAUUACAAGCCUGGCCCAAAUUCUCAAUUUGCACCACUGCGAAUGAUUUUUGAAGCUAUGCAAGAUGGAAGACGCAAAGUAAGAUUGGUUUGCGGAGGUCACCUCGUGGACCCACGAGGCAUCUCGACCCGGUCAACAGUUGUGAAGGGUGUCAGUGUCCACCUUCUGGACAUGAUUGCCAAUCACUACGGUUUGACAAUUGUCCAUGGUGAUGUUGGUAAUGCAUUCAUUACCGCUAACUGCCUGGAAGGAAUUCACUUGGACCUGAGUUUGGAGAGCGCAAAGGCGCUAUUAUUACUAUUAACAAAGCCCUCUAUGGGCUCCAAACUAGUUUUGCAGCGUUCAUGA